CGAGAAAUAAGACUGAGCUCGAUGGAACAUUUGACUGUCUUUUCUGAUAGCAGUUGGCUAAGUUGUAAAUGGAAAACAAAGCAAACGUAUUUUGAAUUUCUAGUACUGGUGCCGGUACCGUGUGUUGUGUUAUCGUUGAGGGUUUUGUUUUGAUUCUCCUCAAAAUCAACUUUUACGAUGGAACUCGAAGACCUAGAAAAACUUGUAUCUUCUCUUUCAUUUGAUCUACCUGAUGCACCGCCUGAUCAAAAUAUUAGACUCAGCGCAAUUCUUGACCUCAAGAGCGAGAAAGCUAAGGAACCGAAAAGGCUAGAAAAUUUAGCCAAUAAACUACACUCGGAGUGCAAAAUUGCAAAGGAUAAACUGGCACAGUCCGAAAAGGAAAAAGUUCAAUUGCGAAAAGAUUUAGCUAAAUUAAAAGAAGAUGAUGCAUCGCUGACAAAACAAGUCAACAAGUUCAAAUGUGAAAUAAAAGAUACUAUAUCCAAAAUCAAUAAAAGUCAUUCAGUAGGACGUAUUUCUGAUAAAGAGCGAGCCACAUUUAAACAGCACGAGUCUGAGUUAUAUCAAUAUAAAAAUUUAACUGGCAUUCGAUGGAAUACUAAUGUGCCAGAUAAUGAAAUCGAAGGAAUACUCACCAAUCAUCGCACCAAUUUUGUUAAGGCAAUACAAUUGGACAAAUCCAUGCCACUGAAGAAAAUUCGCGAAGAGGUAUGGGGUGUCAUCCAAGAGUCAGGUACAAGAGCAUAUGACAACCUUAAAGAGGACGAGGAAAAUUAGUUGCAACUUCUUCUACAUGUUAAUUUUUAUUCGACUUUGUACAAUAAACUAUUUAUCUUAUCAGUGAAA